AUGGCGGUGACGCGCGCGAUGGACGCCCCGGCGUUGGCGGGAGAGCGGUACGUGGAGAAUAAGCUGAAGCACGACGUGCGGGUGUCGAACAUGACGGCGGCGAAGCGAUUGGCGGAUGCGAUUCGAACCUCGCUCGGACCGCGAGGGAUGGACAAGAUGAUGGUGAACGGCGCGGGUGACGUGACGAUUUCGAACGAUGGAGCGACGAUAUUGAAGACGAUGGAUGUGACGCAUCCGGCGGCGAAGAUGUUGGUGGAGCUGAGUAAGUCGCAGGAUGUCGUCGCGGGGGACGGGACGACGUCGGUGGCGGUUUUGUGCGGAGCGCUGUUGGACAAGUGCAUCGGAUUGUUGGGGAGAGGGGUGCAUCCGACGGCGAUCUCGGACGCGAUGGCGACGGCGUGUGACAAGGCGUGCGAGAUUUUGGAGGGGAUGAGCGAUCCGGUGGAUCUGAGCGAGCGAGAAAGUUUGAUUCAGGCGGCGACGACGAGUCUGGGGUCAAAGGUCGUGGCGCAGUACUCCAGCCUGUUGAGUCCGAUCGCGGUGGACUGCGUGCUCAGCGUGCUCGAUCCGGAGCGUCCGAACAUGGUGGACUUGCGAGACGUGAAGAUCGUGAAAAAGGUCGGGGGGACGAUGGACGACACCGAGCUCGUGAAAGGCAUCGUGUUUGACCAAAAGCCGAGCAAAGCGGCGGGCGGACCGACAAAGGUGGAGGAUGCGAAGAUCGGUUUGAUUCAGUUUUGCAUCUCCCCGCCCAAGACGGAUCUCGAGAAUAACGUCAUCGUGAGCGAUUACACGCAGAUGGAUAAGAUUUUGCGCGAGGAACGCAACCACAUCAUCGGCAUCAUCAAGAAGGUCAAGGCGAGCGGGUGCAACGUCCUCUUGGUGCAAAAGUCAAUCUUGCGAGACGCCGUCACGGACCUGGCGCUGCAUUACCUGGCCAAGGCGAAGAUUUUAGUCAUUCGCGACAUCGAGCGCGAAGAAAUCGAAUUCAUCAGCAAGACAUUACACUGUCAGCCGGUGGCGCACGUCGAUCACAUGACUCCGGACAAGCUCGGCCGCGCCGCGCUCGUGGCGGAGAAGCAGUGCGGCAACGGAAAGGUGGUGCAGGUGACCGGUAUCGAGAACAUGGGCCGAACUGUCUCCGUCAUCGUUCGCGGGAGCAACCAACUUGUCGUCGAGGAAGCGGAUCGCUCAUUACAUGACGCCCUUUGCGUCAUCAGAUGCUUGGUACAGAAGCGGUUUUUGAUCGUCGGCGGCGGCGCGCCCGAGGUUGAGGUCUCCCAAAAGCUCGGCCACUGGGCUCGAACGCUCAGUGGAAUGGAUGCGAUCGCCGUAAAAGCGUUUUCGGAAGCUUUGGAGGUGAUUCCGUACACGUUGGCCGAAAAUGCCGGCUUAAACCCGAUCGAAAUCGUCACCGAACUGCGCAACGCGCACUCAGCCGGGAACACACACCACGGCAUCAACGUGCGCAAGGGUACGAUUUCCAACAUGAAGGACGAGAACGUGCUCCAGCCGCUCUUGGUGUCAACGAGUGCGUUGUCUUUGGCGACGGAGUGCGUGCGAAUGAUUCUUAAGAUAGACGACAUCGUGCCCAGCUUGAGGUGA